AGAUACACAACUUCCGGUAACGCGGGUUGCGGUCAAUCUAUCUACAUUCCUUACAACUUUGUAUUAAUUUUUUUCAUUUUAAUUGAAAUUAAUUAAUAUUAAGCAGAAAGUUCAAUUGGAAGUUAUUAUUGGAAAAAUCUGACAAAAGCAGUAUGAAUAAAUCUCUUAUUCCUGUCGAUUCAAAUAUGAUAUAUCAUCGCAUCUUAACAACGUUAAAUAUUCUUGGAUUCGAUGCAAAAACUAAAGAGAAAAAGUAUAAAAUAGCCUUUACUAAUAAGGAUCUUUUCUCAGUUCUGAACAAAACAGCAUUUGAAAUAAUAAUGCAUUUUCUCUUUUCUAAGUUAUCGGCAGAAAGAACUGUAGAAUUGUUCAAAGACUGCUGGCCUGUGGAAGAUAAGAAACAAGACAAAGAAUUUCGAACAGUCUGCUUUGAUUGGAUCGAAGAUAUUCGUAAGAAUGAUAUUGAUUCAAGAAUACCACAAGUAUCAAAAACCGUUCUAAUGUCGCCAACUGGAGCUAAAUUUCUGCAGUUUUUAUUCUAUUUUAGCGAGUAUGUCCUUCGUAGGUCUAUCCUCACAAUGAAAGGUAAAAUUCACAUUUAACUGCUCAUUCAUGAAAUAAACUCUGUUUUUUUCUUCUGUAGGCAAAUCGUCAUCCGCCAUUCUUCAACCACCUAUUGUUGAAAAGAAAAUGCAAAAAUAUACAAAAGUUCAAUCAAAUAUACUUUAUUGUGCCUGUGAAGACGCUAAACGAAAACUUUUGAAACAAACACAAGUUAUAAAUAACUCACAAAAAGAAUGGAGAUCUUAUGCAGCACAAUUGGUUAAAGAGCUAAAAGCAAAAGAAAAAGCAAUUAAAAAUUUAGAAAGUGUAAAACAUGAUCAAAUUAAACAAGUAGCAGCACAUUCAGGUGUUCGUCAGAUGCUUACAUCUGUAACUGAUUGUACUGGAAAUUUACAUAUGGAUAAAAACUGCUUAAAAGCACGAAAAUUAUGGAAUCGGUUGGAAAAGAUUAAUGCUAAUUGCUAUAACUCUAUGAGAAAUUUAUCAAAUGAAAAUGCAGGAGAGCAUACAAUAGAUGCUGAUCAUUUAAAUAUACAAGUACCUAGUGUUUUAUUAGAUAAUGCAGAAGACGAAUUACGAAAGGCAAAAAUUGAGCAAAUUUUCGAAAAUGGAAAAUUGAACUUUGUUAACUUCUUAAAGUUGAGCAAUAUUUCCAUGUGCCUUUUAGGAAAAAAACUAUCACAAGUGCCCUUUCAAAGUUUGUCAAAGGAAUUAAAUACUUUGGAAUUAUCUCAAAGAUCAAGAUUUAGCGAUAUAUCAAACCUAAUGGACUUAAAAAGUACUUUAGAAAAAUUAUGCUCUGAUCAUUCGGAAAAUGUAAGUCAAUUACUAUCUGAAGGGUUUUCAUCCACGCCCAGCGGAAGUCAUGUUAAGCGACGAACCAAAUACACUCUUGCUCCGCCAACUCCACCAAUAAGUUUUGAAGCAUUUGAGGGGCCAACCCCUGAGGAUGCUAGAUUCUUACGCAAAAGUUUAGGAAAUAUGAAUAGAAAUGGCGAAACACCCGAAAUGGCCGAAGCUAUUCUAAGAAAACUUGAAACAAAGGCAAAACCUAAACAUAGUAAAAUUAAAAUUGAAAAGGAAAAAGACUUAAAGACUUCGGUUAUAAAUCCAAAAUUAAAAUCUCUAAGAACUGAUAUGUCUAAAUUGAAUAAGGCGCCAGUGUUAAAGAAACGAACUGAAUUGAAGCCUUCUGGCGUUAGUGUACCUAGAAAUAAAUGCUUUACACCUCAAGUUAACAAGUUUGGAAAGUCUGCAUGCUUAGUUACAUCUUGUGCUGAAGAUAAAAAGGUUGAAGAGGGAAUUAGUGAAACUGUUCAAGAUUCACCGUCACUUAAAAUGGAUCAAAUGGCAGUAAGCUUAGUGGAAGGGAUGAUGAAUGAGUCUAAAGACGAUGAAUUCUCAAUGGAGACCAGAUGCAAACUAAGCUUCAAUGAAGAAACCGAAAAAUCAAGCUCGCUAGAAGAUAAACAAGUAUGUGAAAAUGUUCGUUUGGUCGAUUUAGAAGACGAUGCAGAUAAAGAAAAUUAUAUUUCGAAUGAAGAGUCAGAUAAUAGUGAACAAAUCGAAGAUUUAAUGCAUGACGAUGAACGAAUGUAUAAUUCUGAUGAUGUUAUCUUUAAUGAAGAAGUUAACAAGAGCGACGAUGGCGAUAACAACAGUUGUGAUGAAAAAGAUAACAGUAAUGAGAACGACGACGAUGAUGGUGAUGGUGCUGAUGAGGAUGAUGAUGCAGAUGAUGAACUUUUGAAUGAAUCUGAGGAUUUGGAUGACGAUUCGGCUGUUGGUACUAAUACUCCAAGCUUAACGCCAAGAGAAGGUGCAAAGUGUCCAUCUCCCACCUCUUCUAUAUCAAACAAAUCUAUUGAAUCGAAUCACUUAGAUGUCGAUAGUAUUAUCAAAAGGGCUAAGGAGAGAUUAAAUCAUUCUCCUGGUCCUUCGAGUAAUAUUCAAGGUUUAAUAGGAAGAUUCGAAGAAAUACGGAAAAGGGCAGGAUUGCAAACUCUCUCAUUUCGACAAGAAACGAAUUCAGUUGAAUUUAAACAGAGUGUCAGCUUUAUUCAAGAAGAACUGGUAACAAUGGAAAAAGAAUCUGAAGAACUACUAAAUUCGCCUGAAAUGAAAGCAAAAUUUAGUACAACACUCUUCUAACAACGGCAGUACAACAAACAUGUAUAUUUACAUAUUUUUUUUUACAAUCAUCUAUUAUUUGAUAUCCUAUCUCUUGUAGAUAUUUGUAUAUAAAAAUUUGUUAUUUCAAAAUAUAUAAUCUACAUUUAAUAUUAAAAGAG